AGCCAAUUUGGCUCAAGAAGUAGGUACUGAACCGAGGGGUGGGGGCCCUGCGGUAGCAGGCCGGGGGCAUACCCCGGCCGGGCGCUCUUCUGGGCGGCGCGAGUUCUCCCCCCUUUCUACGUACACGUCUCUCUGUGGCUGGCUCGUUCGAUCGCCAUGGACGCGCAGGUGCCCUUGGCCGGCCAUUCGGUGCGCCCUGGAGGCUACUUCCACAUGGUGAGCCUCGGGCUUCUGGUCUUUCUGCCGGCGAGCCUGUUCAUGGCGUCGCUGUGCUUCAUGACAUUCUUCUUCAAGGAGCUCCCUUCGCUGGUCUGGGUGAGCAUCUCCAUGUGCCUGGGACUCUCGUUGUUGCUCAUGGUGGUGAGGCAAAAAUACUGGUUCAACCUGGGGGUAGUCUGCUUCAUGGCGGUCAUCUUCGGCACAGCAGCAGGCCUUUGGAACUACCAGAAGAACAUGGACAAGUAUUGGGCCUACCAGGGGCAGCGCACGUACUCCGACGUGCCACCGACGAAGCCCGCCUUGCAGCACCUGGACGCGGGGAAGAUCGUGUUCACCGCUGACUCGGUGAUCGACGAAAAGCGGACAAACACACUGGUGUCUGGCAGAACCUUCUGCGUCGCUCCCAUCGUGGCAAAAGGUGCGUCGGGCAAGCAGAGCCUGCAGUACUGGGCCGCAGGCGUAGACUGCUGCGUGAAAGGCUCGAAGUUCUUUUGCGACGAUGCCGCAGAUCCCAAAGCCCACGCCGGUCUGGUCUACCUGGACGAUUUCACGCUCCCAGACUACGACGUGGGCGAGUUCCGAGCCGCCGCAAAGGCCAUGAUGGAGGCGCAAGGCCUCAGCGGCGCGAACUCCAACGAUGCGAUCUUCGUGAGGUGGGUCAAGGAUGCUGACGCGGCUCACCGAGAGUAUUGGGUUGUCGCCACGAAUUUCGCAAUCAUAGGCAUCUGUGUCUACACCGUGUUCACGAUCAUUGCGGGGUUCUCGAUCCACUUCAACAGCCGGCGUAUGCCUCCGAAGAGCAAGAUGGAGGCGCGGUACGGUGGGCGCCCCUGAAGGGGGAUUCGGCUAGCCACUAGGGCUACGAAAAUGGCUAACGCGGCAAGGGUAUGCCUAGGCCUUCCACAUGGGACCGAAGCAGUUGGGGUCGGAGCAGUUGGGGUCGGAGGUAACGCCUAUGCAUCGCGGUGAUGCGGCGAGAUCCAGAUUUUAUCCAUCCCAGCGUCGCCGAUGCUUCACCAACGCUUCGGCGAUGCGGUGUGAUCCUCGGACACUA